GGCACCACGCCGGGGAGAGACACUGCAGCGCCUCGGGGGCUGCCCUGGCCGGCACAGACAGAGGGUCAUGCUUUCACAGAGCCCCUUCUGGUCACAGAAAAUGCCAGGAUGAUGGCUCGUGCCCGCCGGGCUGCGGCUCUGAUCCCGGCCAUGGCCAUCCUCUCCUGCCUGAGAACCGAGAGCUGGGACCCUUGCGUCCAGGUUGUUCCUAACAUCAGUUACCAAUGCAUGGAGCUGAAUCUCUACAAAAUCCCCGACAACAUCCCCGUAUCAACCGAGAUGCUGGACCUGAGCUUUAACUACCUGAGACAUUUAGGCAGCCAUAACUUCUCCAGGUUCCCAGAACUGCAAGUGCUGGAUUUAUCCAGAUGCGAAAUUAAGAUUAUUGAAGACAACACAUUUCAAGGCCUAAACCACCUCUCCACCUUGAUACUGACGGGAAACCCUAUCCAGAGUUUAGCCUGGGGAGCCUUUUCUGGGCUAUCAAGUUUACAGAAGCUGGUGGCCGUGGAGACAAACCUAGUAUCUCUAGAUGACUUCCCCAUUGGACAUCUCAAAACCUUGAAAGAGCUUAAUGUGGCUCACAAUUUUAUCCAUUCCUUCAAGUUACCUGAAUAUUUUUCUAACCUUCCCAACCUGGAGCACUUGGAUCUUUCUAACAACAAAAUCCAAAAUAUUUAUUAUGAAGAUGUGAAAGUUCUACAUCAAAUGCCCCUACUCAACCUCUCUUUAGAUUUGUCCCUGAACCCUUUAGAAUUUAUUGAACCAGGUACCUUUAAAGAAAUUAAGCUCAAUGGAUUGACUCUGCGAAGUAAUUUUAACAGUUCAUAUGUCAUGAAAACUUGUAUUCAAGGUCUGGCUGGUUUAAAAAUCAACCGGCUGGUUUUGGGAGAAUUUAAAAAUGAAAGGAAGUUGCAAAAAUUUGACAGAUCUUGCCUGGAGGGACUGUGCAACCUGACCAUUGAGCAAUUCCGGAUAGCGUACUUGAACAAAUUCUCACGGAACGAUACAGACUUAUUUAAUUGUUUGGCAAAUGUUUCUAUGAUUUCUCUGUUGAGUAUACCUUUAGGAAGUCUACAAGCCCUUCUUAAAGAUUUUAGAUGGCAACACUUAGAAAUGAUUAACUGUGACUUUGAUAAGUUUCCUGCACUGGAGCUCCGUUCUCUCAAAAAGUUUGUUUUCACAGACAACAAAGAUGUAAGCAGUUUUACUAAGACUGAGCUACCAAGCCUUCAGUAUCUAGAUCUCAAAAGAAAUCACUUGAGUUUCAAGACCUGCUGUUCUCACACUGAUUUUGGGACAACCAACCUGAAGCAUUUAGAUCUGAGCUUCAAUGACGUCAUUACCUUAAGUUCAAACUUCAUGGGCUUAGAGCAGCUAGAACACCUGGAUUUUCAGCAUUCCACUCUGAAACAGAUCAAUGCUUUUUCAACGUUCCUAUCACUCAGAAACCUCCGCUACCUUGACAUCUCUUACACCAACAUCCGGAUUGUCUUCCACGGCAUCUUUACUGGCUUAGUCAGUCUGCAGACCUUGAAAAUGGCAGGCAACUCUUUUCAGAACAACUUGCUCCCUGACAUCUUCACAGAGCUGACUAACUUAACCAUCCUGGACCUCUCUAAGUGUCAACUGGAACAGGUGUCCUGGACGGCAUUUCACUCCCUCCCUAGCCUUCAGGUGCUGAAUAUGAGUCACAACAAACUCUUGUCAUUGGAUACAUUUCUUUAUGAACCACUCCACUCGCUCCGGAUCCUAGACUGCAGUUUCAACCGUAUCACGGCCUCUAAGGAGCAAGAACUACGGAGUUUGCCAAGGAACCUCACUUGGCUAAAUCUUACUCAGAAUGAAUUUGCUUGUGUUUGUGAACAUCAGAGUUUCCUGCAGUGGGUCAAGGACCAGAGGCAGCUCUUGGUGGGAGCUGAGCAAAUGAUGUGUGCAGAGCCUGUAGAUGGGAAGGUCAUGCCAGUGCUUGGUUUCAGGAAUGCCACUUGUCAGAUGAGCAAGACGAUCAUCAGCGUGUCGGUUGUCACUGUACUCCUGGUAUCUGUGGUAGGAGUCCUAGUCUAUAAGUUCUAUUUCCACCUGAUGCUUCUUGCUGGCUGCAAAAAGUAUGGCAGAGGUGAAAGCACCUAUGAUGCCUUUGUAAUCUACUCGAGCCAGGAUGAAGCCUGGGUGCGGAAUGAACUGGUAAAGAACUUGGAGGAGGGCGUGCCCCCCUUUCAGCUCUGCCUUCACUACAGGGACUUUAUUCCUGGGGUGGCCAUCGCCGCCAACAUCAUCCAGGAAGGUUUCCACAAGAGCCGUAAGGUGAUUGUCGUGGUGUCCCAGCACUUCAUCCAGAGCCGAUGGUGUAUCUUCGAGUAUGAGAUUGCCCAGACCUGGCAGUUUCUGAGCAGCCGUGCUGGCAUCAUCUUCAUCGUCCUGCAGAAGCUGGAGAAGUCUCUCCUGCGGCAGCAGGUGGAACUCUAUCGCCUUCUGAACAGGAACACCUACCUGGAGUGGGAGGACAGUGUCCUGGGGCGGCAUGUCUUCUGGAGAAGACUCAGAAAAGCCUUGCUGGCUGGUAAACCCCGGAGUCCAGAAGGAACAGCAGAUGCAGAGACCAACCCGCAAGAAGCGACCACCUCCACCUGAGGAGGAGAAUCCCCUGAUGCGCUCCUUGC